AUGAGAAUCGUAUUCUUUUUGUUUAACUUGAUGCUGAGCUUUCAUCUUGCAGCUGUUGCAAGCGGUGCUGCAGUGAUGAUGAAUAGAAGUGUGAAGAGUAAGAAGGCCAGCAACGAUACCGAUUCUGAGUCUCAACCCCCGGGUCUCUCGGAUCCUGCGGGUAAACCCAGUAAUCCUAACAACCCUGAUCAUGAUGAGCUGCACAACCCAGGGCAGAAGCGGUGGGACCCGCUGGGCAAGUCCUUCAUUCGCAGGGGUCCAUUAAAACUCCCACCCUCAGAAUGCAAAAAGCACAGUUGCAAAAAAGAUGAUGAAUGCAAGUUCCUUGGAUGUACAUUUUGCCAUUUCACUUCUAACUCAGGUCUUGGUUAUUGUAUCUGA